GUUUGCCGGUAAGCCGACAUAAUGAACCGAUACUACGCUCUAUCGGGUCGAUAUUCGAUCAAAGUAAUGUGAUAUAGUGAUCUCGGAUUUUAUAAAAAGUUUAUAUUAAAAAGAUGGCAGCCAUUCACGUUUUGAUGCUACUGCUUGCAACUAGCAGUCUUUCAACAACAAAAGAGAUCAUCAAGCUGUCAAAGCUGAUUGAAGGGAAUGGAAUCAAAGAAGCGUCAGUAUCGGAGAAAGGAGUGAAGAGACACGUGGCACUUGGCCACGGAUACGGAUCGUUCGGGGCGCUCUCCCACGGCUUCGGAGGGGGCAUCGCAGUCUCCCCAGCCCCGGCCAUCGCAGUCACUGCCGGUCCCGCUAUCGGGUUUGGCGGUCACGGUUUUGGGGGCCACGGAUUUGGCUUGUCAGCCGGCCCUGCUAUUGGCAUUUCAUCGGGCCCCGCAGUCAGCAUCGGUGGGGGCUCAGUCGGUAUUGGAGCUGGUCCCGCAGUUGCUGUAUCUGCGGCGCCGGCCGUGGCUGUGUCCGCCGCUCCAGCAGUAGGCAUAGCGGCAGGUCCAGCUAUCGGUGUCGGUGGAGGAUCAGCGAUCGCGGUCGGAGGCGGCCCAGCCGUCGCCGCCGGUCCGGCAGCCGUCUCCACAUCAGUUUCGGUUGAGCCCAACCCAGUCAUCCUCCGCCAAGAGGUACCACGUUAUAUCACGAGAACGAUCACGAGAGAUGUCCAAGUUCCAGUGCAAGUUCCCGUCCCAGUGCCUGUAGAUCGGCAAGUCGCUGUCCCAGUGAGAGUGCCCGUGCCGGUCACCGUCGACAGACCUGUGCCUGUCCCGGUAGUACAGAGAGUGCCUGUAGAAGUGACUCGACAAGUCCCCGUCUACUUAGAAAGGAGAGUGCCAUACCCAGUCAGAGUUCCAGUAAAUGUACCUGUGCCAUACCCGGUGACAGUAGAGAGGCAAGUGGCUGUCGACAGGCCGGUGUACGUUGACCGUCAAGUGCCGGUGCCGCAGCCCGUGUACGUGGACAGGCAAGUGAACGUGCCAGUUCCAGUGCAAGUGGAUAGGCCAGUGCCGGUGCCGCAGCCCGUGGUGGUGGACAGGCCAGUGGCGGUGCCGCAGCCCGUGGUUGUCGAGAGGAGAGUGCCAGUACCGGUCCCAUCCGUGGCGGUGUCCGCAGGGCCGGCUGUUACGGCUGUAGGCGUGUCUGGUCUUGCGAGCGGCGGUGGGCUUGGGGGCGGCGUUGGUCUUUCAGGCGGCGCCGGGCUGGUGGGCCUGUCGGGAGGCGGUGCAGGAUUCUCCGGAAUAUCUGGUAUUUCUGGCAUUUCUGGCUACGGCUAUGGCGCGGGUCCCACGAUUUCCACGGUGUCUGCGGUGCCGAUCGCGAGCUCGGUGUCGCUGUCCCACGGCGUGCCGGUCCACGCGGGCGCCACCAGCUACUCCAAGACCAUCUCGUACAACUCGCUGUCUGGCCACUCCGGUUCUUACUCGUACGGUCAUUAAUUAUAUGAGAAUAUGUAUACAUCGCUCUAUGUUAUUGGAAUAAAAAUGAUUCUCACA